AUGGUUAGCCUUAGACAUCUUGAGUUGGAUGAUGAUGCAUUUCAUGAUCUGAAAUACAUGCCACGUGGGUUGGGGCAGUUGACUUCUCUUCAGACUUUGGGAUUUUUCAUUGUGGGCGACCCACCAGUCCCAAAUGAUGACAGAAGAAGAAGAAGAAAGGAAAAGAUGAAUAAAAAAAUGGGUGUUGGUGGGCUUGGGGAGUUGCAUGGACUAAACCAGCUCCGAGGGGAAUUAGUCAUCACAAGGCUUGGAAAUGUGAGAGAUGCCAGAGAUGCGGAGGAAGCAAAUUUGAAGGACAAGUUGGAGCUUCAAUCUUUGACUUUGAGUUGGGAAGAUUGGGAUAUUGGUCAAGAUGAACAAGUUCUUCUAGUGUUGGGGAAUCUCCAGCCGCACCCAAAUCUUAAGACAUUGACAAUUCGAAGUUACAAAGGCGUCAAGAUGCCACAUUGGAUGAUACAUUCUUCUUCCCUUCUCCCAAAUCUAGUGGAACUUCAGAUAACAUAUUGUUGUAAUCUCAAAUGUUUGCUACUCAUUGGUGAAGAAUUCCCUUGCCUUAGGCGUCUCUAUCUGAAAAACUUAGAUGCCUUGGAGUCUAUAUACAAUAAAGUGGUGGUGACUGUGAGGGGCAAGAGAGGAGAAGAAGAAGGAAAACCAUUAGGAUUAAUGGUGCUAUUUCCAAUGCUAGAAAAACUUGGAACUCCAAUCUAUGAAAAAUCUGGAGAGGUGGACAAUCUCAAAGGGAUUCAACACCUGACUGCAUUGAAAUCACUGUCAGUUCAGGGGUGCAACAACCUCCAUACGUUGCCUGAGGGCUUGGGAAACCUCACUGCAUUGGAACAGCUGUGGAUUUCGAAUUUCGACGGGGUCAAUCAAUUUCCCGAGAGCUUGAUAAAUCUCACAUUGCUUAAAGUGAUUGAAAUUAGAAAUUUCCCAAAUCUGUCGUCUCUGCCAGAAGGGAUUCGACACCUCACUUCACUAAAAACUCUGAGAAUUUUGGAAUGUCCGUGUCUGAAGACAUUACCGGAUGGCUUGGGAAGUCUCUCAUCUCUUGAAGAUCUCAAGAUUUGGAGUUGCUCCAAUUUAUUGUCUCUGCCAGAAGGGAUCCGACACCUCACUUCACUAAAAACUCUGAGUAUUCAGGAAUGUCCGGGUCUGAAGACAUUACCGGAUGGCUUGGGAAGUCUCUCAUCUCUUGAAGAGCUUGAGAUUGGGCGUUGCUCAAAUUUAUCGUCUCUGCCAGAAGUGAUUUGGCACCUCACUUCACUAAUUACACUAGACAUUUGGGAUUAUCCGGGUCUGACGACAUUACCAGAUGGCUUGGGAAGUCUUUCAUCUCUUGAAAGGCUUGAGAUUAAGGAUUGCUCCAAUUUAUCGUCUCUGCCAGAAGGGAUCCGACACCUCACUUCACUAGAAAUGCUAAAAUUUUUGGAAUGUCCAGGUAUGAAGACAUUACCAUCUGGUUUGGGAAGUCUUUCAUGGCUUGAAGAGCUUAAGAUUAAGGAUUGCUCCAAUUUAUCGUCUCUGCCAGAAGGAAUUCGGCAUCUCACUUCACUAGAAACGCUAAGCAUUUCGAAAUGUCCGGGUAUGAAGACACUACCAUCUGGUUUGGGAAGUAUCUCAUUGCUUCGAGAGCUUGAGAUUGAGGAUUGCUCCAACUUGACGUCUCUGCCAAAAGGGUUUCGGCACGUCACUUCACUAGAAACGCUAAGCAUUUCGAAAUGUCCGGGUAUGAAGACAUUACCAUCUGGUUUGGGAAGUCUCUCAUUGCUUCGAGAGCUUAAGAUUGAGGAUUGCUCCAACUUAACGUCUCUGCCAAAAGGGAUUCGGAACCUCACCUCACUAAACAUGCUGGGAAUUGAUAAUUGUCCAUGUUUGAGAGCAUUACCCUAUGGACUCGGAGACCUCGCAUCGCGUGGUGGACUAGAAAUUUCAAGAUGUCCUAAUCUGUCUCUUCCUAGGGAUUUGAGAAGAGAAAUUGCAAGGAACCAGUAUUAUUGGAACAAGUCCAUCACUUGUGAUGCGUUGUCCUCUUCGCAUCCAAACGUACAACAGGAAAAUUUUAAGGAGUUGAUAAAACCAUCUAGCUUUACAAGUUUAAAUGGAAGUGGUGAAAUAAACCAUCUAGUACCACACAUGUUGAUAGAUGGUUGUGGUGCUGAGGAGAAGAGGUAUUCAUGGACAAGGCAAGCUCUGGCAAAAAAGUCAUAUUGGCUAAAAAGAGUUGCGUUAAGUGUCGGCUCAGGAACUCUAGGCUUCGUAUCCAAAUUGAAUUCGGGAUUGUCGAUCAAGCCCCCUUUCGGAUUGACUGGUGAUAUGGUGUUGCUGUUAUCAAUGUUGAAUUCCUGGAUCUGUUUAAGGAUGCAUCGAGCAAAUUAA